CCCCCCUCGCGCCUUUCUUAUCCCAAAAACCAAAAGGCGCUCCGCUAUGGCCGUACAACUCCUCCUUUUCUCCGUUCCCGUUACACAGAAACUCUCCCAGCGGCCUAAAAUAUCGCCGAUAUAUCGCGAUACGGUUUCCCUCCCGAUAUCUUCUCGGCGCUCUCCUUCUCCUUCAAGAAGAGCUUGUCCUGGAAUCAGAUCAAUCAAAUGCAAAGCUCUAAGAGAAGACUCUCAGCCGCAGACGUACGGUGGUGAUGAUCGGACCGUUUAUCAAGGAAUCUACGGCCCUUGGACCGUCGAUUCUACUGAUGUUCGCGAGGUUAUCUUGUAUAGAUCUGGAUUGGUGACUGCUGCUGCAUCCUUCGUAAUUGCAGCUUCAUCUGCUUUUCUACCAGAAGACACUUUCUUGACGGAUAUAGUAAAACAAAACAUUGAUUUGUUAUAUGUGAUCGGAGCUGGAGGACUUGGCUUAUCGUUGUUGUUAAUCCACAUUUACGUCACGCCUAUUAAACGCACUCUUCAAGCGUUAUGGGCACUUGGUGUUGUUGGCUCACUUGCAACGUAUCUAAAUCUUGCACAACCUGUUGGAGAGAGCUUGACACAGUACGUCGUUGAUAACCCAAUAGCUGUGUGGUUCAUCGGGCCUCUCUUUGCGUCUUUGACAGGACUUGUCUUCAAGGAAGGUCUCUGCUAUGGAAAGUUGGAAGCUGGGGUCCUGACAUUCAUCAUCCCCACAGUACUUCUUGGCCACCUGAGUGGAUUAAUGGAUGGCAACACGAAGCUUAGUCUAUUGGGUGUGUGGAUGGCUCUCUUUGUCAUAUUUGCAGCUAGGAAGUUUACACAGCCCAUGAAGGAUGACAUUGGCGACAAAUCCGUAUUCAUGUUCAAUGCCCUCCCAGAAGAGGAAAAGCAGGCUUUGGUUGAGAAACUCGAGCAACAGUUUGGUAAUUAGAAAGGCAGUGUAGCCUAAAAACAUGCGUAAUGCAAAAGAGAUGUGUAUAUAUACAAAUUCGAGUGCUGCGGUUACUGGGUCGAAGCAAGCUUGUGAGAGACAGGUAAUGCAACUGUUAAUACAUCCUUUUGUUAACUUGGGUAUGAAUUCUCAUCUAUUUUGUAAGUGAAUUUCCUCAA